CUCCGCCCACAGGCCUCUAUGCGCAUGCUCUUCCGCCUCGCGCCGCGGCUGGGGACGCAGGGAGGUUUGGCUGUUGUCAUGGGGGACACCGAGACGCCGGGGCAGUCGGGGGGAGUCCCCGCAGACCAAAGAGUUCAGCCGGCUACAGGUCGGGGAGGAGCCCUGGUGGAGCUCACCCCGACCCCCGGAGGCCUGGCCCUAGUGAGCCCCUACCACACCCACCGGGCCGGGGACCCCUUAGACCUCGUGGCGCUCGCAGAGCAGGUGCAGAAGGCUGACGAAUUCAUCCGAGCAAAUGCCACCAACAAACUAACAGUCAUAGCUGAGCAAAUCCAGCAUUUACAAGAACAAGCCAGGAAGGUACUGGAAGAUGCUCGCAGAGAUGCCGACUUGCACCAUGUAGCUUGUAAUAUAGUAAAGAAACCUGGCAACAUUUAUUACCUUUAUAAACGGGAGAGUGGUCAGCAGUAUUUUUCUAUUAUUUCUCCAAAGGUAAGCAUCCUGACAAAGCGAGUGACCCUCCCAAGAUUACUGUCAGCGACCAGGACCCUGUGGGUAAGCGCUGCCCUAGAGCCCAGCCUGCCUCCAUCUCUUCCAUCUUCUCAGAGGGGGUGUCUUCCUGGGACCCCGGCAGGGCCUGGACAGGACCGAGAACUGGGAGAGGGGGCGUGGCUAUCUGUUGGGGGUGUGGUCUGUAGGGCUGAGGGGUGGGGAGCAUGUCUAACUAGAGUGGCUGCACCCGGAGUCCCUGCGCCUGAUGGAGUGCCCUACCUGAGCAUGCUCACUGCAGUUUGUGUCCUGGAUGCCAGACACAGAAGCUGUGCAGCCUCGGGCCAGGCCGCUUCAUGCUGGGCACAGGGGACCUCAGUCUGCACUCAAGUUGCUUGCCCUGCAGUCGACAAGGAAGACAAGAGAGGCGGUGCCAGUGUAGAGUGCCGAGUGUCACACGCCCCAGAUCCGUGCACCAGGUUCUUCCUGACCAACGACCAGAUCCAUCUCUAUAUGAAUGAGUUCUCCUGGAAGGACAUUACCAAUGCCUUGUCCCUGGCCAACAUGAUCCUGGGGCUCUUCUCCAUCUUCUGCAGCGUCUGCAAGAAAUGCUACAGUGCCUCCUGGAUGCUUCUGAUCAGCUUCCUAUUAGACAUGGCAGUUGGGACGAUAACCAGACACCUCAGCCUCUGCUCCAGAUCGGGGGUGGAGCUGAAUGACUUUGCUGUCUUCACCACCUUUGGCCUGGCCUCAGCCCUGCUCCUAGGCGUGGAUGGGCCUCUGAAUGCGUUCCUGGCCGUCAUCUAUGUGUUAGCUGCUACCUUCCGCCUGUGUUUUUAUUCAACCGGUGUUCCCUUCACAUACAAGGGUCUACCCUGCCGCUAUGCUUCCUGUGUUUUGGCCUCCACCUGCCUUCUGACCAAAGGCAACACGUUCAUUCUGUCUUGCAUGGCCUCACUUAUGAUUCUGUUCAUGAUGGACCAGAGCUACUAUCCACGUGAUGAGAUCCUGGGGUCUGAGAACUGGAAAAAAUUGAUUUAUCUGGGGGGUGUCAUCAUGCUGCUUGUGUCUCCAUUCUCCCUAACUGCUUUUUACUGCCUGAUGUGGUCGCUGUCCUACAUCUUCUUUCCAGAUGCUCUGUGGGGCAAGGCAGCAUGCUUCAGGCUACAGCACCAAAGAAAGUGAACAGCUUCACCCACUCCCACUGGCCUCUGUGGGGUUUGUGCCAGCAUAUCGGGCCAAGCCUUGCCUUAUCCUCACUAAAUCUUUCUUUGUCCCUA